UGUUUGACUGACAGCAGGUUCACAAAGCGAGCUGCCUGAGAAGCAGUGGUUUGAUUUUCAUUGUGCAACAAAAAGUUCUGUUUUUAUUUAUUUAUUUAUUUAUUUAUUUGAUUGUAUUUUAUUGUCAACAUGGGAAAGAGAAGCAGCAGCAACGUCAGCAGGAGGAGCUCAUCGUUUAAUAAAAGUUUAAAUUUUGACGAAUUCGGCUUCGCUCUGAGCAGAAAGAAGGACCGGAAGCUUCAUCACAGAUGUCACGAGUACAGCUACCCCCAGCUGAGCCCAGUCGGGGUCAAAGAGCUCUGUGAGCUGCUCAGCUACUGGAACGGAGACAGUUUCAUCUGUAGGAGCCAGAUUGAGCGUUUUAUCCGGCUGGGCAUCCCUCCCAGCCUGAGGGGCAGUGUGUGGAAGUGUCUCCUGAACAUCGAUGCUCUGAGAGAAAACAGCGACUUCACUUAUCAGAGAUGCUUAUCAGAGGUCCGAGGGCCACUCGUGGACUUGGGGGUCAGUGAGUACGGCAUCUUGGCUGCCAUUUCCACGCUGAGUGACACCCAGAACGACCUGGGUCUGAAGCAGUCCUCGAGCGGCUCGGAGUCCUGCUGCUCCGUGGAUGAGAUCGGUCUGUUCAGACAGAUCGUCCUGGACCUGCAGCGAUCCUUCCCAACCCACCGCUCUCUGAUGGGAGACAGUCCAGAAGCUAUCGAGGGUCAGGCUAAACUCUUCAGGGUCCUCAUUGCUUAUGCAAAAUAUAAUCCCCAUGUUGGCUAUAGUCAAGGGAUGUCCUACAUAGCUGCUGUCCUGCUGAUGCAGCUGGGAGAAGAAGAGGCCUUCUGGGCUCUCACAGCUCUGUUGGAUAAAACUAAAUAUCUCUCUGAGCUGUUCGACCGCAGCCUCACCAAGGUCCAACAUCAGGUGAAGGUGUUUGAUCACUUUCUGAGACACAGGAAGCCUCGGUUCUCCAAGCACCUGGACUCUGCGGGGGUCCUAUCAGUCCACUUUGUCACGCCCUGGUUCCUCACUCUCUUCACUUCCCUGCCCUGCUGGGACUCUGUCCUGGCUGCCUGGGAUCUCAUCAUGCUGCAAGGCCUACCAGCUGUGUAUCGUUCAGCUCUGACCAUCAUGGAGCUGCUGGAGCCUCGGCUGAUGGAGCUGAACGAUGAAGGAGCCAUGUUGCCUCUCCUGCUCAGAGUACCUGUGGACGUAGCCCAGUACACCGUGUUCGCUCCUGCCCUGUGGAGAGCUGAGCUACAGGACUGGGAGCUGAAGUGUCUGAACAACCUGGUGCUGGACGAGGGCCACCAUGGACCUGAACCAGAAGAGAGGGAAAAGCAGAAAACCACAUCGACCCAAGUGGAAACAGGAAACGAGAGACAAAGACUGACUUCAUCUGAAGGUGAAAAGUCGACUGAAAAGAGUUCAGCUCCAGGAGCUGUGAGUUUAUAUUCUCGGAUGAUGCGCUUGGCGCAGCGCUACGUUUUCAACAAACACUCUGUUGGAGAGAGAAGUCCUCAAACACAAACAUCACCUGAGCAGCAGAGGCCUGGAGGCUUGUUUCAGAGACGAACCUCAGCCUCGUUCCCAAAAGUUCAGAGGAGAUCAAAGAGGCGGAGCCAGCAGAGCAGCAGAUCCCGUCAGCCUGCGGCGCAGCAGAGUCCUGUCGCUGUCAGAGAGUCAGCUGAAAGAUGUAAACAAAGCUUUAAGAGAUCGGGUACAGCACCUGUCGGCAAGGUGCCUCGCUGUCGUAGCAGCCGCAGCAUCGUUCGUCACGUCAGAACCAAGUCUCAUCUUCAAAAUAAAAAUGACCCGCCGAACCAGACCCCUCAGUCCACAGUCCUUCUUCCCCCCGCCCCGCCUCCAUUUUCCAACUCCUCCUCUUCUAAUCCUCCAGCGUCCUGCUCUUUUCACAAAGAGCAACAUGAAGCCAACAUGGCUCUCAUCAGGGAGUUAUCGUCCAGACAUCAGACCAGCGUGGCCUUAAGGAACGUCAGAGAGUCGAAGCUUAUCUGACAGAAGAAGAAAGGAGCGCGCAAAUUCUUACAAACCACGCAUCAUGAGUCUGAAAACUGCUGAUUAACUUUUUAGUUUAUACUUUUGUAAACACCAUUUUAAGCUGUUUAAUGAUUUUAUAAUAGAUGACACAAAUAAAAUGUUUAAUGAUUUUUA